AGUUACGCGGUGUCAUGGCAAGCUUGCACUUAGUUUAGUCACUUUUUGUGCAAUUUACCUGUAUUUGCUAAUAUGGAGGAUGUUGAUUUAGAAAAGUAUAUCAAAGCAUUAAACGUUGCACAGUCUGACAAUGAUAAAUUUGCUGCUUUAAUUUUGGUUACAAAAAUUGUGAGAGGUAAGAAUACCAGUACUGAUUUGUUUGAAAGAAAGGAAAUUCUUAAUGCCCUUGGAUACACAUUUCUGACAAGACUUCUAAAAACAGCAUCUGUCCCAGAUGACUGUCCACUAAGUAUCUACAAGUCAGUGGCCCUGAGCAUUCUAUCCAGCUGUUGUUCUGAUCCAGAAGUUGCUUCACACCCUGAGCUGAAGAAACAAGUAAUGGUGUUCGGUGAAAUUAUUAUUAAUGGAAUUAACAAAUGUGCAGACCCAUCUGAGCAGAGUGUUGUGACCGACUGUUACGACUGCCUGAACGGACUGGCCUCCACCAAACCAGGACAGGACACACUGAUAGCUGGAGAUAUCAUUCCAGCAUUAGUAACAGUGAUCACUAGUCAGGCAAAUGAACAUGAAAAGGCAUUCCACAUUUUGAUGCAACUCUUGAAAAAUAGUGGACCAAACACAUGGACAGGAAACACUCGGUGCUAUGACAAAAUGAUGAAUUGGUUGGUAGAAGAUUUUAAGAAACAUCAGGAUAAUCACAAGUUUGAGCUGUGUGAAAUUCUUGCUUUUUUUUUGUCAAAUCAUGUAACUGAUGACACUUCUAAGGUGUCAUGGAUAGAACCACUUGUUGCCACACUCAAUGAAGUGCUCAGAUGUAAACUUGGAGUAGUUCAGAGAGAGCGUGUUUUGAAGCUAGCAUCGCUUGUGGUGACUACAUGUGGUAUGGAGAGUGUCCUGCCUCCUGUCACAGCUGACAGCAAAUUGCUUCAACUCCUCACUCAUCUCACCUGCAUUGAAGUGACCAUGUUGCUGGAAGAUGGUAAUAUGCAGCAGAUUAAAGACAAAAUGGAACUUUUGUGUGCCUACUAUGCUUUGUUGGAAGCUGUCAUUGGCUACAUGACAGUGGACCAGUCACUUGAGCUGGACAAAACACAGAUUAUCCAGCUACAUGAUGCCAUGGCUGGAGCCUUCAAUAGUAUCCUUUACUUCUUGUCAGAAGUAGCAGCAUUGCAACCACAGCAGAAACACUACCAUCCUGUUGUUAUUGCAUCAGUGCGUAUCCUUGGAGCUUGGUUAGCAGAAGAAACAUCAACUCUGAAAAAAGAAGUGUUCAAUAUUUUGCCUUUUCUUGUUCAUAUAUGCUGUGUGUCUGUCAAAAGGAAUAAGGAUAUAUUGCAGACUCCAGAAGUGAAUAGAAGUGGCUGUGAGUCAGGCUGUGAGUCAGGCUGUGAGUCAGCCACUGCAGGGACUGAAUACAGUGAACAUUCACAUGGAGAGAUAUGUACAUCCACCGUACUGGUCACACAGGAACAAGCGUCGUACUGCGAACGAGGUGAGGAAUUUACCAACGUGGAUGUGGUGCGAUUUCUUUUACCAGGACUCUGUCACCUGACAUCCGAGGAUGAGGCUAGACAAAUAUUGGUGCAUGAAGGACUACACACACUGUUGGUUGAAUACUUCAAACAGAAAAUGGAACUGUUUAUGGAAAACAGACAAGACACACAAAUACAGGACACAGUGUGCACUUUAUGUGGAAUCUUCUUAAACCUAACAGUAACUGAACCUAGCUUAUCUGGUAGUCAUCACCAGUUUUUCAUCCUUUUGGAUUCCUUGUUUUUCUACCUGCCACAAAUUGUAUUUGACUCAAAUCUGUUGGUUGUAACAGCCAAUUUUUCAUCUCUGGGACUUAUGCUUCUUCGCAACCAGAUAAAAAGAUCAGAUUUAAUUAUAGAAAACAGAGACAAGUUUCUGGCUGCCUGCAUAUCUUUUAUGAAGAAAGCACAUGGUCAGUCACAGACCAACAAGGGUUCCUCUCUGCUGUUAUCAGAAGAGUAUGCCAGCUUGUGGUCCAGUAUCAAAGAUCUGUGGUUUCUUUCCAUGGAUAAUUUGUCUGCUUUAAUAUCAAGGCGACCAGAAGUGAUCCACAUUGUGAUGAAAUCAGGAUGGCUACCUUUUCUUGUGAAGACCUUAGCAAACGUUAAAGGUGCUGGUAUCGACUGUGAUCUUGCAAAUACUUUUCUGUCAUUCCUUCUGGCUGUUGCAUCCAGUAGUCCAGCAGCAAGGCAGAAUAUAUGUGAAAAUGGUGGAUUUAACGUGGCACGGAUCCACAAUUCUCCAGAGCUGUCUAAUGUUCUUUCCACUUCCUAAUAAAUAAAGGUGGUUUCAAGUUAACCAGAAACAUACAUUGUGAUAGAACCGAUGUUGAUGGUGCUAGCUUAUACUUUAUCAGUUAUUAUCGAAGCAAACAAUUGUGUAUUUUGUUGUCAAUAAAGUAUAAUUUUUU